UGUUGCUGCAAUUAUUGUUGGCGAUCCAACUAAAUCACGAGACAUUGUCGUUCAGCGAAGAAGCAAUAUCAUGCAUCGUGUAAACGAGACACAUCGUUUGUACGAUGCGUUACAAUAUCCAAUCAUUUAUUGGCAAGGGCAAGACGGAUACGACAUCACGUUGAAGAUGGUCGAUCCAAUUACAGGAGUAUCAACGAAUAAUAAAAAUCUAAGCGCAAUGAAUUACUAUGCGUAUCGUAUGAUGAUUCGUACACAUGAGGAGAAUGUCAUUCUGAAGUGCGGUCGGCUAUUCCAGCAAUUCGCUGUUGACAUGUAUGUCAAAGUCGAGACCGAACGUUUAGCGUUCAUCAGAUUCAAUCAGCCAAAGCUACGAUCUGAGGACUAUAUACACUUGCGUGAUGCUAUUCAUUCAGAUGGUGAUGUUCAGAAUAUUGGACGACUGACGAUUCUCCCAUCAACUUAUAUCGGAAGCCCACGCCACAUGCACGAAUACGCUCAAGACGCUAUGACGUACGUGCGAAAUUAUGGAACUCCGGAUUUAUUUAUUACGGUCACAUGCAAUCCGAAGUGGACGGAAAUUGAACGCGAGUUGGAACCGGGUCAAAAACCGCAAGAUCGCCAUGACAUAAUCGCCAGAGUAUUUCAGCAAAAACUCAAGGUUAUGAUGGAUGUGCUUACUAAGUAUCGAGUUUUUGGUGACACACGUUGUUAUAUGUACUCGGUGGAAUGGCAGAAGCGUGGACUACCGCAUGCUCAUAUCCUAAUUUGGUUGCUGAACAAAUUACAUUCAAAUGAAGUGGAUGACAUCAUAUCAGCUGAAAUUCCUGAUCCAGUCACUGAUCCCCGUCUACACGACAUUGUGACGACACAGAUGGUGCAUGGACCGUGCGGUGCAUUAAAUCCAUUAUCGCCUUGCAUGGCUGAUGGAAAGUGCACAAAACGAUAUCCGCGACCGUUAGUUGCUGAAACAGUCACAGGGAACGAUGGAUAUCCAGUUUAUCGUCGGCGUUCAAAAGAAGAUAACGGUCGAACUAUCAAAGUUAAAGUUCAAAAUCAAGAGAUUGAGAUCGGAAAUGAAUUCAUUGUACCAUAUUGCCCGCUGCUAUCACGAAUUUUCGAAACACAUGCAAACGUUGAGAGUUGUCAUUCGGCCAAAUCAAUCAAAUAUUUGUGCAAGUACGUCACAAAAGGCAGCGACAUGGCUGUGUUUGGUAUUGCGUCGGAAAAUGUGAAUGACGAAAUCAGCAACUUCCAAAUGGGCAGAUACGUCAGUACUAAUGAAGCACUGUGGCGAUUAUUGUCAUUUCAAAUUCAUGAAAGAUAUCCCACAGUUGUACAUUUAGCAGUGCAUUUGGAAAAUGGCCAAAGAGUUUACUUCACUGAGGCUAAUGCGGCACAACGAGCUGAGAGACCACCAUCGACAACAUUGACUAGCUUCUUUGCAAUGUGUGAAGCAGAUCCAUUCGCAGCGACGCUGAUGUACGUUGAAAUGCCCAAGUAUUACACUUGGAAUCAAUCAACAAAGAAAUUCCAACGUCGCAAACAAGGAACCCCAGUUCCAGACUGGCCACAGGUGUUUUCAACUGAUGCACUAGGUCGUAUGUACACUGUUCAUCCUAGAAACGAUGAAUGUUUUUAUUUGCGACUGCUGUUAGUAAAUGUACGUGGACCGAAAUCAUUUGCGCAUUUGAAAACUGUGAAUGGCCACCAAUGCCAAACAUAUCGAGAAGCAUGUCAACUAUUGGGUUUGCUGGAGAACGAUUCUCAUUGGGAUUUAACACUUGCAGAUUCAGUUGUUUCAUCAAAUGCGUACCAAAUACGAACGCUGUUCGCAAUUAUCAUCACCACAUGUUUUCCUUCACAACCAAUUCAGUUAUGGAACAAAUACAAAGACGCCAUAUGUGAAGAUAUCUUGCAUCGCUUGCGUAUUCAAACGAAUAAUCCUGACAUCCAAAUAACCGAUGAAAUCUACAAUGAAGGAUUGAUUCUGAUUGAGGAUCAAUGCUUGACUAUUGCAAACAAGCUACUGAUUGAAGUAGGAAUGAUUGCGCCAAAUCGAUCGAUGCACGAUGCAUUCAACCAAGAAUUAAAUCGAGAGCUGCAAUACAAUGUUGAUACAUUGCAGGAAUUCGUUAGAAAUAAUGUUCCGUUGCUGAAUGAACAGCAAAAACAAGUAUACAAAACAUUAAUGCAAGCGGUGGACAAUAAUACUGGUGGUCUAUUCUUCCUGGAUGCACCUGGAGGAACAGGGAAAACAUUUGUCAUUUCAUUGAUUUUGGCCACUAUUCGAUCAAGAUGUGACAUAGCUUUGGCGUUAGCAUCAUCUGGAAUUGCGGCGACUCUUCUAGAUGGCGGUCGUACUGCACAUUCUGCGCUUAAGUUGCCACUCAAUUUAAACACAAUUGAUACUCCAACGUGCAAUAUUUCCCGAUCCAGUGCAAUUGGAAAAUUGUUAAUGCAAUGCAAGCUCAUUGUUUGGGAUGAGUGCACAAUGGCACAUAAGAAAUCACUUGAAGCACUUAACUUCACACUGAAGGAUCUUCGGAGAAAUAACAACAUCUUUGGCGGCUUGAUGAUAUUGUUGGCAGGCGAUUUCAGGCAGACGUUGCCAGUAGUUCCCCGUGGAACGCCUGCAGAUGAAUUGAAUGCUUGCCUAAAGGCAUCACCUUUAUGGAAUAACGUAAAAACAUUAUCGCUAACCACUAAUAUGAGAGUUCAACUUCAAAAUGAUCAAAGUGCUGCACAAUUUUCCAAACAAUUGUUAGAUCUUGGAAAUGGAAAAGUCCCAGUUGAUGCGACAUCUGGAUUAAUUACUCUUACCAACGACUUUUGCCGAUUUGUAGACACUCAAUUAGUUCUUAUUGAAAAUGUUUUCCCAAACAUUAGUGAGAAUUAUAAGAAUUAUGCUUGGUUAAGUCAACGAGCAAUUCUUGCAGCAAAGAAUAAUGAUGUCCACGCACUGAAUUUCACCAUUCAAUCAAAAAUUGCUGGCGAUUUGGUGACAUACAAAUCCGUUGAUUCAAUAACAAAUCCCGAUGAUGUAGUAAAUUAUCCAACGGAGUUUUUGAACUCUCUGGAGAUACCAGGAUUUCCACCACAUAACUUGCAACUGAAAGUUGGUACAGUUAUUUUGAUACUGCGUAAUUUGAAUCCACCGCGACUUUGCAACGGUACUCGACUUUCGGUAAAGAGACUUAUGCCGAAUUUAAUUGAGGCAACCAUUAUUAACGGAAAGUACGCAGGUGAAAAUGUAUGUAUUCCUCGAAUACCAAUGAUUCCGACUGAUCUUCCGUUUGACUUCAAACGAUUGCAAUUCCCAGUUCGCCUUGCGUUCGCAAUGACAAUUAAUAAGUCGCAAGGCCAAUCGCUUAGUGUUUGCGGGAUAAAUUUGGAAAAUCAUUGUUUUUCACAUGGACAGUUAUACGUUGCGUGUUCACGAGUUGGGAAACCAUCCGCUUUGUUUGUGUUAACGUCAGACCAAAAAACAAAAAAUGUGGUUUACCAAAGAGCACUACAAUGAAACAAUUAAAUAACACUUCAUUUUAGUAGGUAAUUGAAAUGAAUUUAUUACUGUUGUGAAAUGAAAUAAAUAUUUUCCUUUUCAAAUAUAUAACAAAAAAAAUUUUUUUUCUUUAUCUUUUAAUCACCAAACGAAAUGUUACAUAAAACGAAUCUGGUGGCGAAACGGAGUUCGCCGG